UUUUCAUAUUUUACCAAUUUUGGUCAAAUAGCAAUGGCCGGCGUUUUCGAAUUGGAGCUAACUGAUCAUAAUCAUUUAACACCUGUUGGCGAAUUUUCUGAUAUGGAUGAUGAUGAUGAAUAUGUAGACGUUGCUGAUGGAGAAAUUUCAACUCCCCCUCCUUCCUCUUCUUACAUAAAUGACCCGCAAGUUGAAGCCUUAGAACUUGGUGAACAUGCCGAGCUUGUCAAUCCUCCUAACACUAAAGUAGGUCCAGAGGACUUUCAAUUGCUCAAGGUGUUAGGAAAAGGAGGAUAUGGAAAGGUUUUUCAAGUAAAGAAAGUCUCAGGGACAGACCGAAACAAAAUUUUUGCGAUGAAAGUACUUAAAAAGGCAACAAUAAUUCGUAAUCAGAAGGAUACUGCACACACCAAAGCUGAAAGAAACAUUUUAGAGGCUGUUAAGUGUCCUUUCAUUUGCGAUUUGCAAUAUGCCUUCCAAACUGGCGGGAAGCUUUAUUUAAUUUUGGAAUAUUUAAGUGGUGGAGAGCUUUUUAUGCAUCUUGAACGGGAAGGUAUUUUUCUCGAGGACACUGCAGGAUUUUACUUGGCAGAAAUUGUUGUUGCUCUUGAACAUCUUCAUAAACAGGGAAUAAUUUAUCGUGAUCUUAAGCCCGAAAACAUUCUCCUCGAUUGUAAAGGGCACGUUAAAUUAACGGAUUUUGGUCUUUGCAAAGAAGCUAUUGAAGGUGACCAGAAAACACACACUUUUUGUGGAACUAUAGAGUACAUGGCUCCAGAGAUUUUGAUGCGAACUGGCCACGGAAAGGCUGUGGAUUGGUGGAGUUUGGGAGCAUUAACUUUCGAUAUGACUAUUGAUAGAAUUCUGAAAGGAAGGCUUACAUUACCACCUUAUCUGAGCACAGAAGCGAAAGAUUUAAUUAAACGAUUAUUAAAAAGGCACGUCGACACUCGAUUGGGUGCUGGGCCAACAGAUUCGGAAGAAAUCAAACAACAUAUCUUUUUUCGUCAUCAUAUUUCUAAUUGGGCAAAAGUUUAUAAAAGAGAGUUGGAACCUCCAUUUAAGCCAGAUAUUACAAGCGAUGAGGACACUUCACUUUUUGAUACAAAAUUUACAAAAAUGACUCCGGUCGAUUCUCCUACAGCCGAUAUUUCACCUACAGCUGAUCCUUUUAUUGGAUUUACAUAUGUAGCGCCAUCCUUAUUAGAGCAAAGUGAGCAGCCGACUCUGAUCAGACCAAGGCAAUUUCGAAAAAUAAAUGCUCCAGACCGUACACUUGUUGGUUGUAAUUCUUCUGGUAAAGAGGAACCAAUGGAGUAAUUUUGAAUCUGUUCUCCCCUUUCUUAAAUAUAAAGUCUAAAUUGUUAGAGAAAAAUUCAAGUUUGUCAAAUUUCCGAACAUUUCAAAUAAAUAGUGGAUUUGGGAGAACAGUUUUUCUCUUACUUUAUAUAGGAGGUGGCAAAAGCUCAAAUUUA